AUGCCUAUCACUACUCGUGCAGCAGCAUUAAGGUCACAAGCUAAUGGUGAUUUAAACCAUUCACAAGGUCAGGCAACAUCAACUCCAACAUCAACUGUCAAAACAACUCAUUUUCAACCAACAUCUUCAUCGUCAAUAUUGGUUGAAUCAACAUCACCAUAUGUUCCAAUUUCUUCAACAACAACAGAAACUAAUAAUCAUUCUAUCACAUCAUUAGGAUCGUCAAACAAUGAUGAAAAUGAAGUAUUUUCAGAUGAAUCAAACGAUCUUAUGAACAAACCAAUCGUAAAAGGAGAAAUAACAAUUGGUACAUCAACUCGAGGUGGAAAAAUGAUACUUAUGAACAGAUUUUCAUAUCUUUAUAUGAGCACAGCAAAAGAAACAACCGGUUGGCGAUGUGCUAGAAGAAAUGAGAAGUGCAAAGCUGUUAUUCACGUCCCCAAACAAACAGGACAAUUUAGUCACUGA